AUGGCAGCAGCGCAACUGACACAACAGCAAUGGAUGCAGCUGAUGAGACAGCAGCAGAUGAUGAUGAGGGCGCAGCAACAGCACUUGGCCAACAUCGCUGCCCAACGACCACCGGCUCAAAAUGCUGCCAAUCCGAUGCCACCACAGCCGACUGUUGCUCAACCGCCGACUGUUGCUCAACCGCCAGCAAGCGCUCCCCAAGCUGCUACUCCGCCGUCGUCGAAACGCAAGUCUCUCGAGGCUGAGCCGGAGCGCAAGCGAAUCAAGUCCACCUUCGACGACAUCGCCACCGUCAUCGUAGGAGAAGGCACCACCCAAAAACCCUUCAAAGCCCACAAAGAUGUCAUCUGCUCAACCUCCACCUUCUUCAAAGCCGCCUUCAUCGGCCAGCGCUGGAUCGAAUCGACUGACAAGACCGUUUCUCUGCCCGACUUCCUGCCAGUCGAAUUCGACGCAUACCUCCAGUGGUGCUAUACCAAAUCAUUCGACUUGUCCGGAAUCAUCGAUGCCAGUUUCAAGGCCGUUCGCGAACAUAAUGGCCUCGCAGACGCGACCACGCCGCCGCACAGUUGGAGGACCUUGGCGCUGUUCAGCUGCUGGCGCUUGGGCGACUACCUCGGUGACGCCCAGUUCUUGAGUGCCAUCAUGGACGCCCUCAUUUGCUACGAGGUGGACCACAAGCUGCUGGGCGGCUAUGCCACGACGAAGGCGUUCGCCCUCCUGGCAGUCAGCUCCCCUAUUUGGCGCUGGACUGUGGAUUACAUGGCCGCCGUCCUCAAGCCGGAGACUUUCGACAAGUAUGGACGGAAGUGGCCAAAGGUGUUCACAAUCGCUGUGUUGCGCCGGAUGACGGAGGAGGGCUUCGAGAAGGGUCGUGUCCCAGAUGCAGCGGUACGCGAGAAGUACGCCGUCACAAUUGACUCGACUGGGUAG